UCAUCUAUCUAUCUAUCUAUCUAUCUGGUCAUGCAAUAAUUAAAUUAAGAAGCGAAUGCAAAAAGAGUUUUAUAAACUUUAGAACCACUGUUUUUUAUAAACUUUAGAAUAGUGGUUCUCAAUAGGGGGAAUAUUACUCUUCAGGGGACAUGUGGCAACGUCUGGAGACAUUUUUGACAGUUGCAAAUGAGAGGUGGUGGUGUUACUGGAAUCUAGUAGGUAGAGAGAGGACAGGGAAACUGCUAAAUAUCUUAUAAUGCACAGGACAGCACUCCCCCACCCCCACCACACCCUGAACCAAAGAACUGUCCAGCUCAUAAUGUCAAUAGUGCUGAGCCUGGAAAAUCAGGCUCUGGAAUUGUACAGAUUUUACAGUUAAGUAGUUGUGUGACCUUGAGGGACACCAAAUCCUUCUGUUUCCUAAUAUGUAAGAUCAGAACACUGCCCGUCAUAGAUUACAGGAUAUUGUGUCUGCUGAAUUAGAGAGUAUACACACAUGUCAAAAGUCAAAAGAAAAAAAAGUCAAAAAGCCUGGCUAAAUAUAAUGGAAAAUGCUGCUGGUCAAAAAGUCAAUUGGUACAUAACUGAGUAGUAAUGUACCAAGCUGACUGAGCCAGUUCUUCUGAAACUAGCCACAUCAUGUGUGUGUCAUGGCCAUCCAAAACGACAAGCUAUGCUAUCCCCUUCUUUUUGUUACUCUCCAAGGUAAGCUAAAGUCUAGCAGAGCUGAAGCAUUUUUCUCCUUCUAAUUCCUCUUUUCUUUUCCCCCUUUCCCUCCUCUCUUCCCGCAUUUUCUCUCUCACUUCUUCUGAGUCUGCUCCCAUUCACUCUGCUACUAGGAGUAGGAAAAGCCCUGAACACCUCAGGAUGAAGAACAGAAAUAGGAGAGAAAGAGUGGUCUAAAUUAGGACACAAGCCUGUCUCCAGGCCUGACCAUCUGCAAACUCACUUUUACUCCUGAAUAGUUUUCAUAUGACAAGUCUAAGCUAAUAUUUUGUCCCAAAGCACAAGCCCAGCGAGACAAGAGGACAACAGUCUGUUUGUUGUGGAAUCGAGCAUGAGAAAUAUUUACACACUUUCUGAUUGAUGUUCUGUUUGAUUCACCAAAUAUUUAUAUAUGCAUGUGAGGGGUCAUGGCAGGGUGGUGGACCAGAAAGGAUGAAGACAUUUACUGUCCCAAGGGGCUUAGAACUAGCUGAAGAGUGAGUAGUUGCCCAACUCAUUGUGCGAUAAUCAGCCAAGACUCAAGUGCUUUGAAGAUGCAGAGAAGGAAGGACUUGACUAUAAUUAGGGUCUACAACAAAGACUUCCUAUGAGGGGUGAAAAAAAUACAUAUGCAUAUACACAGAUAAAUAAUAACAUUUGUAUAUAUUAAGUUCAUAGUUUUAUACUAAAUAUAUAUAAAUACAUACUCACAUUUACAUAUACCAUAUUCCCUUUCGGUUGAACUAUUGUUUAGGGAAUAAUUUAUAAAGGCAUCAGAAGUUGUGGUUAAGAUCUUUGGAUUUAGUAUCAAACAGACCUUGUCCUGCCAACACCUUGAUUUUGGCCCAGUGAAGUGGAUUCGAGACUUCCGGCCUCCAGAACUUUGAGAGAAUAAAUUUGUGUUGUUUUAAGGAGAAAGAAAUUUGGAAAAUCUUUCGUGAGGCUAUACUAUUGGCAGUAAAAUGUGGAAGACAAUGAGUGAUGGAUUUUUUUAAUGUUUAAUAAUUAAAUACAUACAAAGUUAUAUCCAUACCAUAAUUUGACUUUAUAUGAUGUAAACAUGUUGAGGAGUUCAAACUGAAUGUAUGGACUUUGGAUUCAGCAAUAUGAAGGGGCGAACUUUGGUUCUGACCUCUAAAUGGACUAUGUCGUUCAAUAAUGAGCUCCCUGAGUCUUAACUUUCUUAUCUGUAAGAUGGGCAUAAUAGCACCUAUCUCAUAUGAGUUAAAAGCUAUAAUAUACCAGAAGAUUCUAGCAUGAAUGUUACACACAGUACAUUCUCUCGAUACACUAGUUUUUUACCUUUUUAUCAUCCCAUAAUCCCCUCUUAUACUUUCAUUUGAAUUUUGUUGCUGCCUCUUCUUUAAUCAUCAGGCUAAUUCAAAUUUGUCACAAUGGAGAAUAGCACAGAAGUCACAGAGUUUAUCCUCUUGGGAUUAACAGAUGACCCCGAUCUUCAGAUACCCCUCCUCCUGGCAUUUUUGUUCAUCUACCUCAUCACGCUGGUUGGGAAUGGGGGAAUGAUGGUGAUCAUCCACUCAGACUCCCAUCUCCACACUCCAAUGUACUUCUUCCUCAGUAACCUCUCCUUUGUAGAUUUGGGUUACUCAUCAGCUGUAGCCCCCAAAACAAUGGAUGCAUUGCAGUCAGGGGACAAGGUCAUCUCCUACAAUGGAUGUGCAGCUCAGUUCUUCUUCUUUGUGGGGUUUGCCACUGUUGAGUGCUACCUCCUGGCCUCCAUGGCCUACGACCGCCACGCAGCGGUAUGCAGGCCCCUUCAUUACACCGCCACCAUGACAGCAGGUGUGUGUGCCCUCCUUGCUAUUGGUUCCUAUGUCUCUGGCUUCCUCAAUGCCUCUAUCCAUGCAGCGGGCACCUUCAGACUCUCCUUCUGUGGUUCUAAUGAGAUUAAUCAUUUCUUCUGUGACAUUCCCCCACUCCUGUCUCUCUCAUGCUCCAACACACACAUCAGCAAGUUAAUGGUCUUCUUCGUGGUGGGCUUCAACGUCUUCUUCACCCUCCUGGUCAUCCUCAUUUCUUACUUCUUCAUAUGCAUCACCAUUCAAAGGAUGCGUUCUGCUGAAGGGCGGAAGAAAGCCUUCUCCACCUGUGCUUCCCACCUCACUGCUGUGUCCAUCUUCUAUGGCACAAUCAUCUUCAUGUACUUACAGCCCAACUCCAGCCAGUCCAUGAACACAGACAAAAUAGCCUCGGUGUUUUACACAGUGGUGAUUCCUAUGCUGAAUCCCUUGAUCUACAGCCUUAGGAACAAAGAAGUGAAAAGUGCUCUCUGGAAAAUACUCAGCAAACUUUACCCCCAAUAUUAAGUGUGAGUGGGAAGUAGAUAAGCAAUUAAGGGAUAAACUUUCUCCCACUCCUAAAUGCCAUCAUGACAUUUAAGGUCUGGUUUGUUUCAGUUCUUUCUUCCCCAAGAACAGUGGUUACUUCUGCUAUCAGGAGAAGAUGUAAAAAGCAGUGCACUGAAAAGUCUUACUUACAAAGAUAAUCUUGUAUUUAGUGAAGAGCAACAUGAGACAGUUAAGCUUUUCUUGAUAUAGUUUUUUGAUGUGGUUCAAAGCAGAAGAUGGAAGCAUACAACUGAAUGUGCUGAAUUUUCCUAACCAUAUUUUUAACUGUAAGAAUUUUUCAUUCACUGUUAAACUUGGUGUAGAGAUCCCACUUUCAUUUAUAAUAUUUGUCAACUAAACAUGCGGUAUUGUUUUUUAUUUCUUUGUUCUGUGAGUUUGAAAGUUGGACUUUCUAAUGUAGACAAAGGACGUUUCAAUACUUUAAAUGAUAUUUCAGAGAAAGCUGUAAUUUAAAGGACAGGGCACUAAAUCAAGAGUCAGGUGGCUGAAGAUUAAAUCCUUGCAACCUCAUACUCUCCCUUCUCUACCCACAUUCCUACCCUUACUCACUGGUCAUGUGCCUUUGCAAUUGUCAUUCCCUUUUGCUAAGAUGUUGGGGAAACAAUAAACCUUGUUGUAUACAGACGUAUGGAAACAUUUUAAUAGAUGAAUGACUUAAACCUUAACCUUUCUUCAGAGAGCCUACACUAUAUUCUGUGACUCUUGUUUCUAACAUAAUUACCAAAACUUCCAGAAGGUUUAGAGAAAAAAAGCUAUUUUCUCUAGAGUUAUAAAAAAUAUAAUUGUUUUCUGAAUUAAAUGCUUGCAUUUCUUAGCACCCUUAAGUUUGGUGAAUCUAUUA